AUGAUCGAGUUUGCUUUGCGCGUGUGGUCCAAACCGUCCUGCGCGCUUAUACAAACAAUACUAGAACGACUCCAUUCAACUACGGCUGUCACCGGCGCCCCAGACACGUAAAUUACUAGUUCACUGUGAACUUUGGAUAUCGUCUCACAACACCCCAGUCUCAGUUUCUGUGCACUUCUUGUAUUCAACUUUGCUGCGAUAUCUGUGCAACUUUACGUGCGCCGGGAGACUCAGUGAUUUCCGGUUUGCUCAGGAAAUGGCGGGUCGACCAGCAAUAGACGCGCAAGCUGCUAGUACAGAGCUAAUUGCAUGCGCGCUGGUGUGCCUGUUGAGCGCGUUCAGCGCGCGAAACAUGGCCGUGUUCGGUGGCAUUUGCAAGCCGACGGAGGACUCCUCGUCGUCGGCUAUUCUGCCCCUGAAGACUGUGCUUGAGAACUUUCCAUGUGAGGGUGGCCCGCUGGCGCAGCUUCUGUUCUUGGCGCGGCAAGCCCUGCGGCUUAAUGUGGAGCUCUUAAGGCUGCGCGGGGACCUGCUUUGGGCAUCCUGGAGCCAAGCAUUUUGGUUGCUCCGCUUCCUGAGUGCGCUGCUGCUGCCGCACACGCUCCACGUCACGCUGGCCGCGCCGCUGUGCACCUACGCGACGCGAGGCGCCCCUCUACUGGCGCUGCUGCUGGCUGGGCCGGCCCGCAGCCUGAGCCAGCUAAACGCGUACUUCCUGUUCGGGUUCGGCGCCAUGGGUGACGCAUUCCUGUCGCUCACGCAACCGACGCUGUACAUGUGGCCUGAGCUUGUGUUCAACGCCCUCAGCCUGGCGGCCGUGGCGGUGCUGAGCCGCUGGCACGGCGCCAGCUUCCCCGACCUUCCCUCCCGGGUGGAACAACAGCUGCUGCUGCGCCUGGCGCUUGCCACCUGCGUGCACUGGUACUCGCUGUGCCGCUGCCGCGCCCGUGCCCGCCGGAGCAAUCGCGCCCGCACGCCUGGCGCGGAGGCGGGCGGCGCAGACGCCUCCUCCGACGCCGCCGCCGGCACACCUGGCGACGCCGCCGCGGCCGCACUGAGCGGCGCUGGCGGCGGCGGCGUGGCGGCGCUGCUGUCGGCUGAUGCGUGCCGGGCCAGCUCGAGUGAGCUGCCCGGCGGCGCCUGUUGUGCCAAGGGCGGCGGCAAGGCCGGCGGCGACAGCACCGGCGGUGCGGGCGCCAGCAAGGGCACUGCGGAUGGGCGCGUGCCGGACGCAGCUGUGCACCUGAGCGCCCCGGCGGCGGGGGCGCCGGGCGGUCCGCACCACGACAUGUGCGACCCCCAGCCGCUUGGGGCCAACGCCGCGCCGGCCCCCGCUCCGGCCCCGGCCGCCGGCAAGCCCCAGCCAGCCACCCCUCCCGCCGCGGCCGCCGGCGCCCGCACACCUGCCGCCCACGGCGCCGAGGCGGUCGCAGCCGCCAUCCGCGCGGCGCAGCUGUGCAUGGCGGAGGCGGACGCGGACCUGCUGCCGGCGCUGCCGCUAGUGCCGCCGCCCUACCGGUCGGCGCUGCGCCGCCGCACCACGCGCAUCAAGAUCCCCGGCUGUCAUCUAAGCCAGAUCGACCCAGGCUUCACGCAGCGGCUUCAGACGCUGGCCGCUGAACGGGGCGUAAUCCUGUCGGGCGUCUACGUCCGCGAAGGCUGCAUCGAGCUGGUGCUGGACGAGCAGUACUGGCCGCACAGCCGCGCCGCCGCCGGCCGCGCCGCCGCCGCCGGCGGUGGCGCCGCCACCGCCGCCGCCACUGCGCGCGGCGGCCACGUGCUCCUCGGCGUCGACCCAGUCUGCCUGGACUCGGACCACCUGCUGGGCGAGGAGCUGGCCCGCGGGUCGCAGCUGGCGGAGGCGGCGGCGGUGCUGGCGGCGCCGCCGGGCGGCUGCGCCGUCAGCGCUGGCGUGCAGGCGCUUCUUGGGGAGCUGGAGCGGGAGUUGGUGGCGUGGGAGGGCGCGUGGGGCGUGGCGGAGGUGACGGUGGCGGAGUCUGAGGCUGAGGCAGAGAUGGAUGAGGAGGCGGAGGAGGAGCUGGCGGCUGCCGAGGGGGAGGAGCUGGCCGGUCUGCCGCAGGACUUGGCUCGCCGCCGCGGCAACAGCACCGCGGCCGCCUCGUCGGAUUGCGACGUGGGGCCCUGGAGCCUGGAGGCGCUGGUAAACGCCUUGCAGCUGAGCGCCGACAAGUCCCAGGCCCGCGGCAGCGACGUCACCAACAGCAGCGGCAACAUCACCAACAGCAGCGGCACCAGCAGCGGCAAUGGCGUCAGCGGCGUCAGCGUCAACAUCAGUGCCACGGUACAACAGGCGGCCUUCAUGGGCCGCGCGGGGGCGGCGGCGCGCGGCAGUGACUCCGCAUUUGACCUGCACCAGCGACUGGUGGUGGAGCUACAGCCGCGGGCGCUGCUACUGCCGCCGCCGUCGCCCUCCGCAGCCGUCGCACCUGCUACAGCUGCUGCAGCUGCUGAAAGCGGUGACGCAACGGCACUGGCGGAGGAGCAAGGAGACCAAAGCAAGCCGCUGGCGCGUCUGCGUGUGGUUGUGUCGGGUCAUGCCUCAGCGCCCAUCACGGUCACCGCAGUCGCGGACUCCGCGGACGACGCCGACGCCGACGGCGAUGCAGCCAACGCGCCUAUGGAGGUGCUGCUGCGCUGCUGCGGGCAGUACCUGCGGGCGCGGGUUGCGGCGGCGGCGCCGGCAGCCGCUGAGGACGGCGUGGAGGGGGCGGCAACGGUGUAUGAGAUCGCGCUGUUACAGCGGCCGCUGUGCCCGCCUGGCGGCGUUGCCAUCAUGCUGGUGGAUCUCCGGGCCAAGGGCCGCCUGGGCCACAUCCUGCCAGUGCUGCUGCUCAGUGACGACGGCAACAGCAACAAUGACGCCGCCGCCGCCGUGGUGGCCGAGCUGCAGGCACUGGCGGCGGCGGCGUACGCCAUGCGCGCCGCCGGCGGCCGCAACUGCCUGUCGGUUGGCGAGCUGGACGACCUGCUACUGGAUUUGGGCACGUGGAUGGCGACACCAACCGCAAUCGUUGUACCAACCGCCGAAGUUAACAACGUGUCGCAGCGCCUGCAGCUCGAGCUCGGCGCUUCGCUGCUGCGCUAUGCCGAUUCGACCGGCGUGCUGCCGGCGACGGCCCGCUGGCUGCGUGGCGACCUGGCACGUGCGAUUGACGACCUGCGCCACAGCCGCCCAAGCGCCGCCACCUGCAGUGCAGUGGCUACGGCGCCGGCGGCUGAGACGGUUGCCGCGGCUGCGGUCGCGGCUGCGGCUGCGGCUGCCGGUGCCAGCGAGGGCGCCAGCGCCUCUGCGCCUGUGCCUACUGCUGCUGCUGCUGCUCCCACCGCUGGCCCUCAGCCGGGUCCGGUGCGACGGCCGCGCUUUGCGGAGGCCGUGCAGGAGGCACUGGGCCUGCCCCGCCCCGGCGUGAUGGGCGCGGAGGCGGCGGCGGACGAGGCCGCUUACCAGGUCUACGCCGAGCCGCUCAUCUUCGCUCAGGGCCACUUCAUCCAAGCCGUGGAGGCGCUGUCUCUGGCCGCGCUGCUGUUCCGCGCGCGUGACGACCUGCUGAGCCCCGGCAACCUCACCACCCUGUCCGGCUGCUGCACCGGCACAGCCACAAGCCUGGCCUGGCUGCUGCUGCCGAGGCCGGCCUGGGUGCGGCUGGUCAAUGCAGCCAAGGUGCCCCGCUACCUCAUGUACAUGCUGUCCAAGAUAAUGAUCGGCUUCCUGGGCUUCCCCACGCCACCCGGCCUAGUCCCGUACCAGCUGGGCCCGGCAAUGCUGGUGAUGGAGGGACUGCUGCUGCCGGGAAGCAACCUGCUGCCGCUGCACACGGCGUUGGUCAUCACGCUGCUGAAGUGGCCUCUGGCUGUGGCCAUGAUGUUUGGGUCGGGCGCCACGAGCAGCCUCCUCACCGCCGCCCUGCUCACAUUCCGAGUGGUGGUGGUGGCCCUUGCCACCACCGUCCUGUGCCACGCCUACCUUCGCUACAGCUUCAGACUGCAGCGAUGGCGCCGGGGGCAGGCGGCGGCGGCGGGCGGCAGUGGCGGUGGUGGGAGCGCGCUCGCGGGCAUGGCCUGGGGCCACGAGGGCUGGGGUAAGGCUAAGGCCGAGUGAGCGGGCUGGGGCGUGCCAGGCCGUGGACGGCCGACCUGCGGUCACACAGCGUUUGGCGGAGAGGUCGUUGACUCCUGGCGUGAUAUGAUGCGGGCAUUGCUGCUUCCCUCACCUGAACAUGGGAAGGUGGUUAUUGGUGCAUUUCAGUCAAAAACUGCAGCGUGGCACCAGCGCGCUGAGUGGUGUUUGUUACAGGCACUAGGCCCGCAAGAGCCGGCUCGCGGGGGUUAGUCAGGCGGCCAUAAAGCUUUGCCGGAGUGGUUGUGCUAGGGGCCGGAAGGUAUUCAGUUGCAGCGUUGCAGUGUUCCUCGCCCUCUGCUCGCGUCAGCCUUCAGGCACGUGAUACGGCAUCCCUCAUUUACAUUCUGUGUUUGUUGAAAACAGGCCAAGGCCUGUCCUUCAUAUUUGUUAUGGCGCUCUUUCAUUUGGUUACUUAGCGCAUUCUCAUAGCUUCGCCGCGACUGUGUGGCGCUCUUAGUGCGUCAUCCGGUGACUUGAUGGCUUGCAGGAUCAGAACGUAUGCGUUGUCAGGGUUGGGGUCGGCUAAACGCCACCGGUUAAAGUUGUCGCGCGGCACAAUCAGAGAUUGCUAGGAUUGGAGGCAAACACAUGCAACGCACCAGGCUGCAGUAUCUACUUAUUUAGAGCGGUGGUUGGAAGACUGAAGGCUGUUGUGUUGAGGGCCAUGUGCAGUGCUGCGGCUCUAGAUGGCGUUUAUGAUUUGCACACAGCUAUCCAUUCUGCAGUGCAGGGCGGUUCGCAGUUUUUCGUAUGUUUAGGGGCGUUCUGUCCGCCCCUAAGGGCCUACCGCAACGCAUGUUUGGGGUGACGUGGUGUGACGUUGCCUUGAUCUCUUACUAGUAGGUAAUAGAAUAAUAGCGGACCGCUGAUGAUUGCAUGGUUGCAUGGUGCUUGCCAGUCCAGGCAACGCCUUGUGCGUGCACCGCUGUUACCCGGCUUGAGUUGGGGGGUAAAGUUUAUUCCAAUCCCAACUAAAUCAAGACCGGUGGUGUGGUAAAUUGCAUGAUACACUGUUUCAGUUUCACAGCGCGUGCAGGAGUGCAGGUGAUGCGCAUGAGCGACGCAUCAUGGUUAUCCCACCGGCCCCGUGAGCGCAGGCGCUGUACGGUGGCAGAGCGCGUUGAGCCCGGCGAUGAAUAUCUUUUGAGCGCUGUUUACAUUUGCGUCUGCAUACCGUACAUUUGAGCGGUAUAUCAGUACGUGGGGUACCCGUUGAUGUCGUGGCCGUUAGCUUUAGAGGAGGCGUGGCUCGAAACGUCUAGCGAUUCAAAGAGGCCCAACAGAAAUAAAUGUAACGUGCGGUGUUA